CCCUCACAGUUGCUCGGGAUCUCGCACUCCUUCCACGCGCAGUGGGAGUUGAACGGCAAUCGGCCACGCCAGAGGCGGCCAGAGCAGACGUGGACAUGUCUGCAGAAGAGGCUAGCCAGUCGAAGAUCCAGGAUGAUGAUUGUUACAUUCUUACUGUGGACUCGAGCAGUGAUGAAGAAUUGGAAUCCUUUGUGGCCAGAAGGAGCAUGCAAAAAGAGAACACCAGCUACGUGGUGAUUGACUCAGACUCUGAGGAUGAAUACUUCCCUGAGGAACAGAGAGCUAAGAUUUCCAAAAUAAGUAGCAAAGAUGAGAUUCUGGAAGUGUUAUCUGAUACUGAUGAGCAGCCUACCACACAGGAGCCUCUGAUACUUGUUAUUGAUGAUGAUAAGAGUAAUGAUGUGGAGGGCCCUGUAAUAAUAGAAGACGAUUCAUGUGAUCAGGGCCAAAUUUCCUCAAAUGAAAAAGAGAUGGAUGAGUUGCCUGUCUCCCAACGCAAUUCAUCUGGUGAUGUUGGUGAGCAGAAUGUUGGUGAAAAUUUUGGCCAACCACUGAAUGAUCGUGAGGCUAACCUAGAGAUUUCAGGUAGAAAAUUGUCAUCUGAUGAAGAGCCUGCACCUGUGGUAGAGCAACCACGGAAAAGGAAAAAUAAAACCAAAAAUUUAUCUAUGACACCUGCUGUUAGAGGACAAAAAAGACGUGGGCCUUCAGAGAAGAAACCUACUGCAGCAAAAUUUGAAAAAUGUGGAACUGGGAAUGCUAUGUGCAAAAUACCUGGAUGUUUCUUGCGUGACCUGGAAAACUCAAAGCAGUAUUCCGGAAGGAAGUUCAAGCAAAAUAAGGAUGAAUUGGUGCAGAGAAUCUACACCCUGUUGAACAGUUCUGUUUUUCAUAAAAAGCUGCCAGAGAAAAUAGAUAUCAGCUGGAAUAAAAAGAUGCUGAGAACUGCUGGCUUAUGCACCACUGGCGAGACACAGCACCCGAAGAAGGAGCGUUAUGCUAAGAUUGAGAUUUCUCUGAAAGUCUGUGACUCUGCAGACCGACUCCGGGAUACUUUGGUCCAUGAAAUAUGCCACGCAGCCUCCUGGCUGCUCGAUGGUAUCCGUGAUUCUCAUGGGGAUGCAUGGAAGUAUUAUGCCAAAAAAUCUAACAUGGUGCACCCGGAGCUGCCCAGGGUCACCCGUUGCCAUAACUACAAGAUUAACUACAGGAUUUAUUAUGAAUGUUCUCAGUGCAAAUCCAGGGUCGGCCGCUACACCAGAUCGUUGAACACCGAACGCUUUAUCUGUGCCAUUUGCAAGGGACCUCUGGUCAUGCUGCCAUUAACUCGGAAAGAUGGAACUCCCAUCGAGCCUCAUGUGAGACCUUUUGCUAAGUAUGUGCAGCAGUAUUACACAUUAGUUAAGGGGGAGACAGCAGGGAUAAGCCAUGGGGAUGUGAUGAAAAAGCUUGGCAAGGAUUAUGUUGCCAAGAAACAAAGGCAAGAUCGUUGAGGUUAUCUGAGAGUGCAUUUGUGUGAGCAGAGUCCUCUGCUGGUA